CAUUUGGUAUCAUAAACAAACGAUCGUGAGUAAUAUAUGAAUUUACUGAUCCCUUCUGUAAAGAAAACUUGGGAAAGGUUCCAAAGAAAAGAAAAAAAGGAAAGCAACAAUAUUUCGACUAAAUCCUCAAACAGUGUUCGUCCCCUCUCUUUAUAUCAGACGAUUUUUUUUUCCUAUCCUUGUUAAAUAUGCUAAAUAAACGAAGAAAGUUCUCGAACUAUUUAACUGCUGGAGAAGAAUACAUUUAUAAUGAUUCUUUUAUUUCUAAGAUUGCACACGGUGAAGAUUUUAAUGAAGAAUGCCUCAAAAGUCAUAAUCAUUACAGAGCUCAGCAUGGCUGUUCACCUUUACAUCUUUCAUCCCAGAUUUCUUCAUUUUCACAAGAAUGGGCGUGCAAAAUAGCUGCAGAAGAUCAUUUUCAUCACAGUCAUCACCCACAAUAUGGAGAAAACUUGUUUGUUGCCUAUUUGAGCAAUUACAGCAUACCAGAGAUAAAAGGGAAUGAAGUCGUGGAAUCUUGGUAUUCUGAACACAUAUUUUACCCUUAUGAUUCACACAUUACCAGAGAAAUUAUAUCUAAAGCAGGUCAUUUCACACAGACUAUAUGGAAUAAGUCGAGAGAAUUAGGUGUAGGCAAAGCAGUAAGUAAGAACCAUCGUGUGUAUGUUGUGGCUAACUAUUACCCUCCUGGAAACAUAUUGAACAGAUUUGUAGACAAUGUGCCAAAGAAGAUUCAUGCUAACUCAAUAUACAAACAAUACACCAAGAGAAUUUCCAGCAGAUCAAUGUAUUACCAUUGCGCAUUUUGAAAUAAACUCGUUUUUUUUUCUUU